AUGGAUUCCCAUGGAGGACACUACCUCAACAAAGACGCUGUGCUGUCACCUUUAGGCGCAGCCAGAAUGUGCCAGCUGCUGCUCGGUUGCACCAUAAUGGCCCUUGUGUCCCACGGCGCAGACUACAGCGCCACCUACGGAACCUUCUGCAUGUUCGUAUGGUGCUUCUGCUUUGCCAUCACACUGGUUGUGUUCACCUUGGACAUCACUCGGCUCCACGCAUGCAUGCCCAUUUCCUGGGAUAACUUCACCGUGGCAUUCGCCAUGCUGGCAACCCUCAUGUACAUCACUGCCUCUGUGGUCUACCCUGUUUAUUUCCUCCAAACAGAGUGCCCAGAUGAGGACUGUGAAGUCCAGAUCUACCGCAUCGCUGUCACCGUCUGCUCCAGUGUUUGCUGCUUCCCCUACGGUGCUGAGGUGUUCCUAACUCGAGCCAAGCCAGGGGCGGUGGUGGGUUACAUGGCCACUGUGUCCGGGUUACUCAAGGUGGUCCAGGGUUUUGUGGCCUGCAUUAUUUUCGGAGCCCUGGCCAACGACAGCGAGUACAACCUCUACAUUGCCAACCAGUACUGUGUGGUGGUGUACAGCCUGUGCUUUUCCGUCACUGUCAUAGUGGUCAUAAUAACCGUUUCUGGUCGGUCAUCUGCCCUGCGGUUCCCCUUUGAUCGGUUUGUGGUCGUCUACACCUUCUUCGCUGUGAUCCUCUACCUCAGCACUGCACUGAUCUGGCCCAUCUUCAGCUUUGACAAAAAGUACGGCACCACUACUCGUCCUGAGGACUGCCCACGUGGAGAAUGUCCCUGGGACAGUAAGCUAGUGGUGGCAGUGUUCACCAACGUCAACAUGAUCCUAUAUUUUGUAGACUUGGUUUACUCGCAGAGGAUUCGCUUUGUCUCCGGCUCUGCUGUCUGA